CCGGGGAAAUUUUUUAAAUAAGUUAAAAAAAAGUGAUAUAAAUGAGAUAACGUGACGGAGAGUGACGAAAAACGAGACUGAAGAAUUUUUCAAAUAUAUAGGUGAUUAAUUUAAUUUUUUCAAAGAGGAUACUCAAACUAUGUCCUGCAAUUUUGUUGAAGAAGGACGAGAUGUAGGUGAUUCUAUUUCAAAGAUAAAUAAUAAUUUUACAAAAAAUUUUAGUAUAAUUUCAAAUCGAAUUAUUGCAAAUAAAAAAAAGGAAGAGAAGAAGAAUUUAACUUCAAAGAGCAAGGAAAAUUCUUUAACGGUCAAAAAAGAUUCUUUAAAUAGCAAGAUACAUUUAAAGAUCAAUGAAAAUUCUUUAAAGAGCAAAGAGACAGAUUUAAAGUACAAUUAUAAAAAAGAAGAGGAAAAAAUUUUUGUUACAAAUGAAAAGGAAGCUUGGAAAUUGGAUUUAAAUUGGACAAAAAAUUUAAAACGUUUUUCAAAAUUAGAAAGUUUAAAAGUAUUUUCAAAUUUAGAAGAACGAUUAAGAAUUUAGCAUGGUGAGAGGAAAAUAAAAAAAAGAUCUCAAUGGGCUCAAAUGACAAGUUUAAGUUUAAAAACAAUUGAGAUGCCCCUUUCGAAACAAAAUCCAUCUGGAGCAUCAACGCAGACUUACAUCAAUAAUGAAAAUAAUCAUUUACCACCAUUAAAAGCCGGUAAUAUGGUUUUAAAACAGGGCGAAUCACCUGUGAUUCAAUGGAGUCAUGAGGAAGUUUAUUUACCUGUUUUAGAAUCAAGUACAAAUAAUAGCUUGCAAAAUUUGACAAAUAAUUCAGAGAAUUUAAAUUUGAGUUUAUGUUCACACGCAAGUCACACUAGCCAUAAUAGUCACAAUUCACACAAUUCGAGUCAUAAUUCAAGUUACUCGCAAACAAAUAGUCAAUCAAGCAGUCCAAUGGUGAAGAAUGGUCAGUCGGAUGGGAAUUCGAGUAGUGGAAAGCCAAAAACAAUGGCAGUGACACCUGAAUUAGUGAUGAAACUUUAUAUGAAUAAAUUGACGGCAUAUGAGCAUCAUGAAAUUUUUAAUUAUCGACAAAUUUACUUUAUUGGAGCGAAUGCAAAAAAAAGACCGGGAAUUAUUGGUAUGCCAAAUAAUAAUGAUUAUGAUAAUGAUCAAGGUUCAUAUAUUCAUAUAAUACACGAUCAUGUGGCAUAUAGAUAUGAAGUGUUAAAAGUUAUUGGUAAAGGAUCAUUUGGACAGGUUGUUAAGGCAUACGAUCAUAAAAGUCAAGAGCAUAUUGCAUUGAAAAUGGUGAGAAAUGAAAAAAGGUUUCAUCGUCAAGCACAUGAGGAAAUUCGAAUAUUAAGAAAUUUACGUGAACAAGAUAAGGACAAUACAAUGAAUAUUAUACAUAUGUUUGACUCGUUUACAUUUAGAAAUCAUAUGUGUAUUACAUUUGAAUUGUUAAGUAUCAAUCUUUAUGAAUUGAUUAAGAAGAAUAAAUUUCAAGGAUUUAGUCUUCAAUUGGUGAGAAAAUUUGCGCAUUCGUUGCUUCAGUGCCUCGAAGCCUUGUACAAAAAUAAAAUUAUUCACUGUGACAUGAAGCCGGAGAAUGUUUUACUUAAACAACAAGGACGAAGUGGAAUUAAGGUGAUAGACUUCGGCUCAAGUUGUUAUGAAAAUGAGAGAAUUUACACGUACAUACAAAGUCGAUUUUAUCGGGCUCCAGAAGUGAUAUUGGGAGCAAAAUAUGGAAUGCCAAUAGACAUGUGGAGUUUGGGUUGUAUUUUAGCGGAACUUUUAACUGGCUAUCCAUUAUUGCCAGGCGAAGAUGAAGCCGAUCAAUUGGCGUGUAUUAUUGAACUUUUGGGAAUGCCACCGCCACGUGUUCUUGAAAAUGCAAAAAGAACACGACAAUUUAUAAGCUCGAAAGGUUAUCCAAGGUAUUGUACAGCGCAAACAUUUCCCGAUGGUUCAACAGUACUUUGCGGUGGUCUAUCACGACGUGGCAAAAGACGAGGACCACCGGGUUCAAAAGAAUUAAAACGUGCACUACGUGGCUGUAAUGAUUCAUCAUUUAUUGAUUUUAUAAGCCGUUGCCUUGAAUGGGAUCCUGAAUUACGUUUAACGCCAAGUAAAGCAUUAAGGCAUAAUUGGCUACGUAGACGAUUGCCACGUCCACCUGGUGAAAAAGUUGUUGAGGAGAAUGUUCAACAAACACAACAACAACAACAACAAUCAACAGUGGCAGUGGUUCCUGUACCGGGUCAUCGUACACCAGCAUCGGGUAGUAAAUGUUCCAGCAAGACAAACACCAGCAACAGUCUUGGCUCGGCUGUUAUUUCUGAUAAGGUGAGACAACUUGUCGCUCGGCAUCGCGCUGUUGAGGCUCGAAUUCGAUCGAGACCAACGCCUGCCGACAACAAUUCAUCAACGACAACAAAUCAUCAUCAUCAUCAUCAUCAUCAUCAAAGUUCAACGACAACAACGACGUCAACAACGUCAACUACAACAACAACAAAUCAUCAUAAUGGAACAAAUCAUGAUGGUCAUGGUUCAUCAGGAAGUUCCAGCAGGUAAAGAGGUUUCCAAAAGUGGAACAACCCUUUCGGGACGAACACCGCACCGGUGCGGCGGAAGCAAACCACAGAACCGUCCAACUGAUUUAAGAUUUAGUCUCUUUUAUAGUUCUUCAGAGUAUAAAUCGAUUUUUCAAUCCAUAUCUUACAAAAAAAAAAUACGACUGCUUUCAUUAUCAGCGAAUCAUCACCAUUCAACAAAAAAAAAAAUUCAUUUCUUUCACCGAAAAAAAAAGAAAAUCACUCCGUCCCGAAAGGAUUUCUUUACAUUAAAAAAAAAUAUUGUCACUAAAUUUUUUUCGAUUUAAAGUUCCUCUUCUGUGAUUCAUUAAUUUAAAUGAGAAAACAGUUCAAUUUUUUUUAACAAUUUUUUUAGUGUUUUUUUUUUUUAUCAAUUUUUCAAGAACAUUUUUUCAAUGUUACAUUCCGAUAAAAGGGAAAAGAGAAAACUUUUAAUUAAUUUUUUUUUUUCUAAUUAAAAAUGAUUUUUUUAUGAAAUGUAGCAUUUUUUUUUUUUUUGUAAAUUGACAAACUGUUUUCUCAUUUUUAUUUUUUGCAUUUCAUUUUUCAUCGAGACGAUUAUGCGAUUAAAGUGUUCAAUAGUAUGUACUUUAUAUAGAAAACAAAAAUCCUUUAUUCAAGUUACUAGCGAGAGUAACAAAUUGUAAAUAAUUGUCAAUGUUAUUUAGAUUUAAAAAAAGGAAAUAGAAAAGCAAAAAAGAACAAGGAAACAAAUAAAAGAGAAACAAUUUAUUAAAAGAAAAAAAAACUCGAAAAUCAAGGAAAAUUCAAUAUUAAUUCAAAAUAUAAAUUAAUAAUUAUUAUUUAUAAAUAUAAAUUAAUAACAAUUUCUCAAAAAUUGUAUAUUUCUAAUUGAAAAUAUAUUUACAAGUAUGUUUUAGAAAUUUUAGAAAAAAAUUAGAAAAUAUGUUUGGUAAAAAAAACAUACUUAUUGGAAAAAAAUGAUUUGAUGUAAAAAUUUUUAAUUUUUCCUUGGACUUGAAUUUUCGAAAAUAAUUGUAUCAUCUAAGUUUAUAUAAAAAAAAAAGUCGAUAGAAAAUUUAUCAACAUUAUUCUCAAAAACAAAAUUGUAAAAAAUUUAUCAAUUGUAAAAAUAAUUUCAUUUUUCUUAUUGAAAAAUUGAAAAAAAGAUUUGUAAAAACAUAUUUCUAAUUAGCAAAACAAAAAUUGUAAAAAAAUUUGUGUAACGUGCACUAAAAUUUUAAACAUAGAACGCAUAAUAAUAAUUAUUUGACGUUGACAAAGAUUCGUAAAAAUUAAAUGUAUUUUAUUAGUCUCAUUGUCAAAAUAUAAAAAAAAAAUAAGUGUAGGGUUAAGGUCGUUGCUUUGUAUUUUUGCACCGGACAGAAACAAAUGAAUUUUUUCUGGGUCAGGUUUUCCUUGUUCUUUUUUUUUCUUUUUUUUUUUCUUCUUUUUUUUUCUCUUCCCAUUCGAGUGAUCUUUCUCUGUCCGAUAAAAUGCACAGUAUGGAAAGUAAGUCUGCAAACGAGUCGUCAUAUGUGUGUGUAUGUAUAAUAAUAACGGUGUGCGCUUGAAAUCGCUCUCUACGAAAACGAAACAAAACCUAUCAUCUUUCAAAACUAAAGUAGAGGGCUGAGACAAAAUAAUAAUAAAAAAAAAAAGCAGUCGCAGUUUGAAACACUUUUCUUUUUUUUUAAAUUUCACAAUUUGAAAAAAGAGAAGUGAGAAAAAAAGUACUUGUAAGUUACAUGAUCAGAAUUCGAUAAUAAUUAUCGUUUUCUUUUUAGUCCAUUUGUUAUGUAAACCUCAUAAUUAAUUUUCUUCACAAAAAAAGUAAUUGCCGAACAUUUACCAAGACUUUUUGAAUAUUUUUCGUCGAUUGUUCUUUUUUUUUGUAAAUUAAUUAUUCUAUUUGUAAAUUUCCUAAUUUGUAAAUUUGACUAUUUGUUUUUUUGUUCAUUGUCUUCGUAAUGUCGAUAUUUAAAAUUUGUAUUUCAAAUAAUUUUUUAUAAAAAUUUGUGUGCGUGUGUGUGGAUUUUUUUCGAAAAAGAAAAUGACAAAAAAAAUGUUCGGCGAUUUAAUUUAGAUUUAAAUUUAUGUCCCUGCAACUCAAUGCUGGAGAAAAAUAGUGAUUCUUUUUCUUUGAUAUUGUAUUUUUUUUUUCUAAAACAGAUGAAAAAUUAUUCAUUUAACUAUUAAACAAUUUUACAAAAUUCGGAAAUACAUUUUUUUUCUUUUAAAUACAAGAAACUAAAAAUGUCAAGAAAAGAAUUCAUUAUUUCCUCCAAGCUCUUGAAAAAUAGACUGGGUCACAAUGGAUUUGACUUAAAUAAAAAAUAAAUAAAUAAAAAAAGAGAGAAAAUAUCUGAAGAAAACGAAAAAAAAGAAGCGAGAGACUGAAAAUAGAGUGAAAAAUGUCUCCUGUUAUUUAAUUGUAUUUAAUAAUUUUGCUUCGAGAAAAAUUCUGCAGAAUCAAGUAUUUUAAAUCUUGUCCUAAUUGGAAGUGAUCGUUAAUAUAUUGUACGUUUCGUUUUUGUUUUUUCAGGGGGGGGGAAGGAAUUAUUUAUACAAAUAUUUAUUAUAAUUGUCAAUACUUUUUUUUCGUGUAAUUUAAAAAAAAAAAAAAUUAAAUGUGAUAUUUUUAGCUUUAUUCUGCAGACUGAGAUUCAUUUUUUUUUCUCUCAUCGAAGCGACACAAUUUUUUGUUUUUGCAUGAAUGUUCAUGCUUUCUUACACCAUGAACUAUAUAUAAUGUAAUAAUUUGUACUGAAAAUAAGUUUAGAUUUAAUAUUUCGUUUAAGUGACUCUGCAAAUUUUGAUCUCUUAAUCGUAUAUAAAAAUAUAUACAUAAUGUAGAGAUAUUUACAUUAAUUAACGAUAAUUAUUCUAAUUACACACAUUUAUUGUAAUAAUUAUUAUUAUUAAUAUUAUUAUUAAUAUUAUUAUAAUUAUUAUUAUUAUAAUUAAUUAAUUAAUUAUUGAAUGAAGCCAUGUCCGUUGUGUCCAACCGCAUUAUACCUCCUUCUUCUGAUUAUUCUCGAACUAGUCGAGAAAGAAGGUGUGAAUCGAUUACCCGAUGUGUUUUUUUUUUUUUUGUUCUUUUAAAAUGAGGUUGCGCGAAGCGAAUUUAAUAAUAAAUAAAUAAUACAAAAAAAAAAUGGAAAACCAAUCAUAAGCGAAUGUACGAUAUUACUAUGCUACAAGUAUUAUUAUUGCGCAUAUUCUCUCUGUAUAACGCAUUUUCGCUGCGAAUAACGAAAACGCGAAUCUGAUGAUUUUUUAAGAAAAUGCUCCGACUUGAUUAAGUAACGAAUAAACGCUGCUUACGACAGUUUAAAUAAA